AUGGAUAUCGCUGAGAAGAGAGUUUCAGAGAAAGAUUACAAUGGAGCCAAGAAAUUUGUUAACAAAGCUCAGGUUUUGUAUCCAAACAUUGAUGGUUUGCAACAAGUGUUGAUGAUGAUCGAUGUUUACAUCUCUGCAACCAACAAGAUCAACGGAGAAGCUGAUUGGUACGGAGUUCUCGGUGUAGACCCUUUGGCUGAUGAUGAAGCGUUGAAGAGACAGUACAAGAAGUUGGCUCUUUUGCUUCAUCCUGAUAAAAACAAGUUUAAAGGCGCGGAAGGUGCGUUUAAACUGGUAUCACAAGCUUGGUGUUUGUUAUCUAAUAAGGUCAAGAGAAGUGGUUAUGAUCAAAAGAGGAAGUCGAAAGAUGCAAAUCCCGGGAUGCAGAAACCACCAAACCCAACACACAAGCCUGCGCCUCAUAAUGGGAAUGAAAAUGCUAGAGGAGGUGUGGAUCCGAGUGCUAGGGCUACAAGUGAUCAUAAGCCUGCUAGUGGGAUGCCAAAACAACCAAAUCCACCCAAGCCAGCAGCAUCUUCUAACGGGAAUCAAAAUGCUCGAGGCGGUGUGGAUCCGAGCGCUGGGGCUACAAGCAAUCAUAAGCCUGCUAGUGGGAUGCCAAAAGGCCCAAAACCACCAAAUCCACACAAGCCUGCUUCUCAUAGUGGGAAUCAAAAUGCUAGAGGUGGUGUGGAUCCGAGUGAUAAGGCUACAAGUGAUCAUAAGCCUACUAGUGGGAUGGCAAAACCACCAAAUUCACACAAGCCAGCAACAUCUUCUGAUGGUUAUCAAAACGCUAGAGGUGGUGUGGAUCCGAGUGCUAAGGCUACAAGUGAUCAUAAGCCUGCUAGUGGGAUGCCAGAGCCACCAAAUCCACACAAGCCUGCAGCAUCUUCCAAUGGGAAUCAGAACGCUAGAGGUGGUCUGGAUCCGAGUGCUGGGGCUACAAGUAAUCAUAAGCCUGCUUGUGGGAUGCCAAAUACACAGAAACCAUCAUCUUCUAGCGGGCAUCAAAAUGCUAGAGACCGUGUGGAUCUGAGCCCUAAACCUAGCUGUUAUAAGCCUGCCCCUGCCUCUGCCCCUGCUGAUUCAUCAAAACAGCAUACAGAUAGUAUGUUGUUUUGGACAAUGUGCAAUAGAUGCACGACACAAUAUCCAUAUCUGACGGGGUUUUGUCAUAUCCAGCCCGUACAUUGUCGUAACUGUGGUCAGGUUAUCAUAGCAACUCAAGUUGUGAAGCCAGUCAACUGCUCAUCAUCUCCUCAACAACAACAGAACAGUGCCCAAAAUAAAGCAACAAACAAAAGCAUCAAUGGAGCUUCUGCUUCUGUGAGAAAUCCUUCUCCAUCUGCAGCUCAGAAAACUCCACAAGGAAGUGCCAAAAGCCAAGCAACAAACCAAAACACAAAUGGAACCUUUUUUUCAGGGAGAGUUUCUUCACCAAGGGAAAGUGUUGUAAGGCCAGUCAACCGCUCAUCAUUUCCUACAGAACAACAACAUUGGAGUGUCCAAAAUAAAGCAACAAACAAAAGCACCAACGAAGCUUCUUCAUCGACUAGUGCAGCUCCAAAACCUCCACAAGCAAGUGCGAAAAGUCGAGCAGCAAACAAAAACACAAAUGGAGCCUCUUCUUCACAGAGAGUUUCUUCACCGUCUGUUAGUGCAACCGUGAACAUCCCACAGUGGAAUUGUUCAGUGUCAGUAACGGCCAAUUCUGGUAGCAUAAAGGCCACAAAUCAAGCACAAGAAAUUUUGAAAAGAGUACAUGGGGAGUCACAUGCUACUGCAGGGAAGGUUCUUAAGAAGCCGAGGGUAGAGAAGGAUGCUUUAUGA